AUGAAGCCGACACGGGUGACAUUACAAUCGGCGGAUAGGAGUAUUCGUGUUCCUAAGGGUAUGGGGAAGGAUGUGCUCGUUCAGGUUGACCAAUUUGUAUAUCUGAUGGAUUUUGUGGUUCUAGACACUUGUCCAGUGCCGGCGGCUCAGGCGCCCGUUCCAAUUAUUCUAGGGCGCCUGUUCUUAGCAACAUCUGAUUCCGUGAUUCAUUGCCGGGAUGGGCGGCUUAACAUGAGUUUUGGGAUUAUGAAGAUGCAAGUCAACAUGUUCCAAAUCGGAAGCCAAAUGGGGGAUGACGACGAUGUAUGCCGAGUGCAUGUGAUUGACUCUCUAGUUCAAGACCAUGUGGAUGAGUUCCUUUGCAAUGAUGAGUUAGAGGUAGCACUUACUUCCGCAGAGGCUGACUUUCUUGAUUCCCCCGAGGUUGAAUAUUUAUGCUCCUUAUUAGAUGAGGAGGACAAAUGUGGCAUCAACUCAUGGAUUCCAAAAUUUGAGGAGCUACCCCCAUUUGAGAAGCCAGUCGUUCCGUCUAGUGUGGAACCCUCGAUGCUCGAGUUAAAGGCGCUACCGAACACACUCAAGUAUGCUUAUCUUGGCGAUGGCCAAACAUACCCGGUGGUGAUCUCCUCUGUCCUAAGCAAACUUCAAAAGUUGGAAUUACUUGCUUUGUUACGGAAGCAUUCCAAGGCAAUCGGGUGGACUAUAGCCAAUAUCAAAGGCAUCGAUGCAUCUCUUUGUUCUCAUCGCAUAUACUUGGAAGACGAUGUCAAACCUUCUCGCCAACCUCAACGGUGGUUGAACCCGAUUAUGAAGGACGUCGUGCGAGCGGAAGUGCUCAAACUCUUGGACGUCAGCAUUAUUUACUCGAUAGUGGAUUCUAAGUGGGUUAGCGCGAUACAAGUGGUACCUAAGAAGUCCGGGGUGACAGUUGUGAGGAAUGACAAAGACGAACUAAUCUCAACACAUGUUCAAAUCGAUUGGAGGGUGUGCAUUGAUUACCGGAAGUUAAAUGCAAGCACAAGAAAGGACCACUUUCCUCUCCCCUUCAUAGAUCAAAUCUUGGAGAGGGUGGCUGGCCAUAAGUACUUCUGUUGCUUCCUCGACGGAUACUCCGGUUAUAAUCAGAUAGAGGUGGCUUUGGAGGAUCAAGAGAAGACUACUUUCACAUGCCUAUUCGGGACCUUUGCAUAUCGACGCAUGCCGUUCGGGCUUUGCAACACCCUCGACACCAUUUCUCGGUGUAUUAUGGGAAUCUUCAGUGACAUGGUGGAGAAGAUUGUGGGGGGCAUCGUUCUUGGCCAUAUAGUGUCCUCUAAGGGCAUUGAAGUAGAUCAAGCAAAGAUUGAUUUAAUUAGGAACCUCCCUACUCUGAAGUGUGUGAAGGACAUCCGUUCUUUCUUGGGGCAUGCAGCUUUCGCCAAGCUUAAAUCCAGUCUUACCUCUCCGCCCAUAAUUUGGUCUCCAGAUUGGGAAUUGCCUUUUGAACUUAUAUGUGAUGCCAGUGAUUAUGCCGUCGGGGCCGUUUUGGGCCAAAGGCAAGGGAAAGAGCCAUAUGUGAUCUACUAUGCCAGCAAGACGCUCAACGAGGCCCAAAUGAAUUAUUCUACAACCGAGAAGGAGUUAUUGGCUAUAGUCUUUGCAUUGGAUAAAUUUUGGUCUUAUUUAGUGGGAGCUUCGAUCAUUGUCUACACAGAUCAUUCCGCGCUCAAAUACCUCUUUACUAAGCAAGAUGCUAAGGUGCGGCUGAUUAGGUGGAUUCUCCUCUUACAAGAGUUUGACUUUACAAUCAAGGAUAAGAAGGGCAUAAAGAAUGUGGUGGCCGACCCUUGUCUCGAUUGGAGUUCGAAGACCACACUUCUCAUAUCCCUAUCGGUGACUCCUUUCCGGAUGAACACUUAUUUGGCAUCUCUACAGCUCCAUGGAUGCGUUACUCAGCGGAAUGAGAUGCCUCUUACACCUAUCUUGAUCAUUGAAGUUUUUGAUUGCUGGGGCAUUGACUACAUGGGCCCUUUUCCUUCAUCCUUCGGGUACCUCUACAUUUUAUUGGCGGUCGAUUACAUCUCUAAAUGGGUAGAGGCAAUUCCUAUGCACAUAAAUGAUCAUUCUGUUGUGGUUGAAUUUCUGAGGGACAACAUUCUAUCAAGAUUUGGGAUGUCGAGGGCUAUAAUCAGUGACCAAGGGUCUCACUUUUGA